AUGCGUACUAUCAGCCUCCUCGGCCCUUUCCGUGGUCGCAAGAUUACAGACGAGCAAGACGCUUUCAAUGGAGGAAUAAGAAAUGGACGACUUCGUGUGGAGUGGGCAUUUGCCUAUCUUACCAACAACUGGUCCCAUGUCCGCAUCCCCCACAAUAUGCGAGCAGGACUGUCUAUUGUGGGAGUGUAUUAUCCUCUGUGCGUCUUGUUUUCCAACAUACAGAUCUGUGUUGGCCGUGGCUCCUCUAUCUAG